AUAAACAGCUUGUAUUAUGUUCAUUUUCAUUUUCCUCUCAACGUUAUUAUGUUCUCUACUGUACAACUUUACACAGUGUGUUUCGGAAUUAUAAACGAUCAUUGUUACAAAAUGCAAAAAAUUGCUAUUUUUAUUACAUGUAUCAUUAUCUUGGAAACAUUACUGGUCACACAAGGUCGGCCAUAUCCAGAUGGAGAUGAUUCUAAAAAAACGGAAGACCCAAAAGAUCAUAUAAGUUGUCAAUUGCAAAAUGAAAAUAUGGAUUUGCCACAAUCGAUGGAAGUAGCUGAUAGGGAUCUAAAAGCAAAAGAGUCACUUCGUACAGAAGCCGAACAGAAAUUCAAACAAUAUUACUCGAAAGCUGAGAAAAAAUGUGAAGAUGGUUCUCCUGCUUAUGUUUUUAAAUCGAACGAUCGAGAAGUGAAGCAAAGCGCUUGUUGGCAUUGCUGUAAUUGUUUUCUUGGAAGUGUGCGUUGCUGUUGUUGGCCAAUUGUCUUUUGCGCUGAAGCCAUGCCAGACGAUGAGUUAACUAAUUGGUGUUCAAAAAAUUGUCUUUAAUUAUUAUGAAAACUGUUAAAGAUGAGGUAAAGUAACUUAACCACUAAAUAAAUAAAUAAAAAAAAAAAAUAUAUAUA